GCCAGCAUGAAGAGGAGGUUUGAGAACAUAUGUGAAGGCAUCAUAAGGUCAGGGACUCAAACACUCCUGAACAAGAUCUACACAGAGCUCUACAUCACAGAGGGAGAGAGUGAAGGGGUGAAUAAUGAGCAUGAGGUUUGGCAGGUAGAGUCAGCAUCUAGACCACAAACUACAGAGGACACAGCAAUCAACUGUAAUGAUAUCUUCAAGCCCUUACCUGGACAGGAGAGACACAUCAGAACUGUGAUGACCAAGGGAAUUGCUGGCAUUGGAAAAACUGUCUCCGUGCAGAAGUUUAUCCUUGACUGGGCAGAGGAGACAGCUAACCAGGAUGUAGAUUUCAUGUUUGUGCUUCCAUUCCGUGAGCUGAACUUGGUCAAACAUGAUCAGUACAGUCUUCACAGGCUCCUACUUGACUUCCACCCUGAGCUUAAAGAGCUACAAGAUGGUGAAUACAAAGACUGCCACAUUGUGUUCAUCUUUGAUGGUCUAGAUGAGAGUCGACUUCCACUAAAUUUCCAAGAGAACCAGAAGUUGUAUGAUGUGACACAAACAUCAUCAGUGGAUGCGCUGAUGACAAGCCUCAUUCAGGGAACACUGCUUCCCUCUGCUCUCCUCUGGAUAACCUCCCGACCAGCAGCAACCAGUCAGAUCCCUUCUCAGUGCAUCAGUCAGGUGACAGAAGUACGAGGAUUCAAUGACCCACAGAAGGAAGAGUACUUCAGGAAGAGGAUCAGUGACCAGAAUCAAGCCAACAGAAUCAUCUCACACAUUAAGGAAUCCAGGAGUCUGCACAUCAUGUGCCACAUGCCAGUCUUCUGUUGGAUCUCAGCCACUGUCCUUCAGCAGAUACUGGAACAGGAUGAUGGAAAAGAAGCCCCCAAAACACUGACUGAAAUGUUCAUACACUUCCUGCUUAUCCAGACCACUAGAAAGAACCAGAAGUAUCAAGAGGAAAAUGAGACAGAUAGACAGAGGCUCCUGGAUUCACACAAGGGUGUCAUAUUGAAACUGGCAGAGCUGGCUUUCAAGCAUCUGGAGAACGGCAAUCUCAUGUUCUAUGAAGAGGACCUGAGAGAGUGUGGCAUUGAUGUCAGUGAAGCCUCAGUGUACUCUGGCAUGUGCACCGAGAUCUUCAGGGAGGAAUGUGUGUUUCAUCACAAGAAAGUCUACUGCUUUGUCCAUCUGAGCAUCCAGGAGUUUCUGGCUGCACUUCAUUUGUUUGCCUCCUAUUUAAGUAAAAACAUGAAGGUCCUGAAACAAUUUCUUAGCAGAAAGUCAAGGUCUUUGCUAGAUUUGCCUCUAGAUGAGCUACUGAAGAAAGCAGUGAACAAAGCUUUGGAAAGUAAGAAUGGACACCUUGAUUUGUUUGUCCGCUUUCUUCAUGGCAUUUCUCUUGUGUCAAAUCAGAGACUUUUGCUUGGCCUCCUGACACACACACACAGCAGCCCAGAGAGUGUGAAGAAAACAAUCAAGAACCUGAAGGUGAUGCAGAGACCAAAUAUCUCCCCCGAGAGGUGCAUCAACCUGUUCCACUGCCUGGUGGAAAUGCAUGACUCUUCUGUUCAUAAUGAAAUCCAGGCUUUCCUGAAGGCAGAGAAAGGUGCCGUGAAACAGCUCACACUGGCUCACUGCUCAGCCUUGGCUCAUGUGCUUCUGAUGUCUGAUGAGGUGCUGGAUGAGUUUGACCUGAACAAAUACAAAACCUCUCCAGAAGGUCGCAGGAGACUGGUUCCAGCCGUGAGAUGCUGCAGAAAGGCUCUGUGA